AUGAAUGCCCAUCUGGAACCUCUUACUUUGCAUGCUCACACUUCGGGUCCGAAUCCAGUCAAGAUCGCGAUCGCUCUAGAGGCGCUCCACAUUCCAUACAAAGUCAAGUUAUGGGACUUCAGCGACGACCCUAACACCGGUGUGAAGGGUACUUCUUUUUUGAAAAUUAAUGAGAAUGGCAGGGUACCUGCACUUGAAGAUCCAAACACGGGUGUUGUGGCCUGGGAGUCAGGAGCAUGUAUGAACUAUGUCCGCAGAGUAUACGACGUCGGCAACAUGAUCGGACCUCCCGGUGGGUCUGCCCAGGAACUGAUCGACUUCGACAAGUGGGAGUACUUUCUGCUCUCCACUCUUGGCCCAAUGACUGGCCAGACCAACUGGUUCACACAUUUCCACCCGACCAAGAAUGAAGAUGCUCUUCAGAGAUAUCGAGCGCAGACUUACCGCUGCUACGAUGUUCUAGAGCAGCAACUGGAGAAGUCCGGGGCGAAAGUAUCCUUCCUGGUCGGGUCACGGCGGUUGAUUUCCACUACGAGCCUUGGGUCCGACAGCAUAAGUUUGCCGGACUGCCCUUGGACAAUUAUCCUUGUAUCACCAGGUGGCUUCUUUUAA